CUCACUUGGAACUAGAAGUUCUCCCGUAGGAAAUUGUCCCACAUCACAUGUUUCACUUUUUUGGGCGCGAGCAAACGUUCACAGCUCCGCAUUGAUGAAUGCUUGUUCGUAGGUAACCACGCAUGGAUUGGAAGCCAAGUUUUUCACAAACAGUUGGCAUCUCUCGUCGGGUUCGCGCCAUGGACUCAGAGGAUGAUAUGCAUGAUGCCAACGAUGUCGAGUCCCUAGAUGAUGAUUACUACAGCGGUGAGACAGAGGAUGUUCCUUUGGAUUGCUACAGCGACUACGAUGAUGAUGCUGAUGAUUACUUUGACGAUGGUGAUGAAGCUGACAAGAUCAAGUCUCGUCGCCCCGAGCAAAAUUUCACCAUCUUGAAGGAGUCAGAUAUUCAGGAAAGACAGGAGGACGAUAUCACAAGAGUAGCGACCGUUCUUUUUAUCUCACGAGUUGAUGCAGCCAUCUUACUUCGUCACUAUAAUUGGAAUGUCAGCGAGGUGCAUGAAGCUUGGUUUGCUAAUGAAGAACAUGUCCGAAGAACAGUUGGGUUAUUGGAAAAGCCAGUUCUCCAGUUUCCUAAUGCUAGGGAGCUUACCUGCGGCAUCUGUUUUGAAACUUAUCCUUGUUCACGGAUUGAGUCUGCUGCUUGUGGUCAUCCCUAUUGCAUCUCCUGUUGGGAAGGAUAUAUUGGCACUGCUAUUAAUGAUGGUCCGGGAUGUUUGAUGCUGCGUUGUCCUGAUCCCUCUUGUGGUGCAGCUGUUGGUCAAAAUAUGAUUGAUCGAUUAGCAUCUCUUGAGGAUAGGCAGAAGUAUUCUCGUUACCUUCGUAGGUCUUAUGUUGAAGACAACAAGAAGACCAAGUGGUGUCCUGCUCCAGGAUGUGAAUAUGCAGUUACAUUUGAUGCGGAUGGUGGAAAUUAUGAUGUUGCUUGCCUCUGUUCUUAUAACUUCUGCUGGAAUUGCACAGAGGAGGCUCACCGAGCUGUGGAUUGUGGUACUGUGUCAAAGUGGAUUUUGAAGAAUAGUGCAGAGUCUGAGAACAUGAACUGGAUACUUGCCAACUCAAAGCCCUGUCCCAAGUGCAAGAGACCAAUUGAAAAAAACCAAGGGUGCAUGCACAUGACCUGUACACCCCCAUGUAAAUUUGAAUUUUGCUGGCUAUGCCUUGGUACAUGGUCGGAGCAUGGUGAAAGGACUGGUGGUUUCUAUGCCUGCAAUCGUUAUGAGGCAGCUAAACAAGAGGGAGUGUAUGACGAAGCUGAAAGAAGAAGGGAAAUGGCGAAGAAUUCAUUGGAAAGAUACACACAUUAUUAUGAGCGGUGGGCCAGCAAUCAAUCUUCAAGGCAGAAAGCUCUUGCAGAUCUUCAUCAGAUGCAAACAGUCCAUCUUGAGAGGCUUAGCGACACACAGUGCCAACCUGAGUCACAGCUGAAGUUCAUAACCGAGGCCUGGCUACAGAUAGUAGAAUGUAGGCGAGUGCUGAAGUGGACAUAUGCUUAUGGUUACUAUUUACCAGAGCAUGAGCGUGCUAAAAAACAGUUUUUUGAGUACUUGCAAGGUGAGGCAGAAUUCGGUUUGGAGAGACUUCAUCAAUGUGCUGAAAAGGAGUUGCAGCAGUAUCUCAAUGCUGAUGGCCCAUCUAAAGAGUUUAAUGACUUCCGAACCAAGCUAGCUGGACUGACCAGUGUGACUAGGAACUACUUUGAGAAUUUGGUUAGGGCUUUAGAGAAUGGUUUAUCUGAUGUGGAUAGUAAUGGAGCUGCUUCCAGCAAAGCAAUGAGCUCAAAAAAUGCCGCCAGCAGCAGCAAGGGGAGAGGUGGAAGAGGAAAAGGAACCACUCGAACUAGCGGUUCCAGCAGAAUGGCUGAUAAUAGUAAUUGGUAUUGUGAGCACUGUACCUAUGCAAAUACAGUGUCUGUUAACACAUGCCAAAUGUGCCAUCUACAGCGGAUCUUCCAUGGAGGAAUACCUCUCGCAAGCCCAGGACUAAUUACAUGUGAACAGAGUGAAUGAAAGAAGGGGGUUAAGUCACGGAAGCAUGCUAUCCUCCUUGCUCUUCUAUUGAACACGACCCAAUCUGGUGUAUAUAGUAGUCUAUAUUAGGCAUGGCGUUUCUGCAACGGGCUUUAUGACCAGGUAUCUUGUGCUUCGCAGGCUGGAGAUGAACACAAAUAUGCUUGUUUGUGUCCUCAUUUCUUUCAGUAAAUCCAUUUGGAGAUGAGCACAAAUGUGCCGCGUCUUUACUAUACAUCGUGAUGAUGACACGAAAACAUGUAGCUUUACCCAUACACAGCUUUCCAUUUAUUUAAAGCAGGCAAACGGAAUAUAGAAAGGUAACCUACCAGCAGUUGCAAGUGCGUAGGAAUGCACUAAUUGUGCUACGAUCUUUAAUUUUAAUUAUGUAGCUACAAAAACUCAGAUGUUCCAGCCGUGUAGGUUGAGUUUGCCAUUUAAGCUUGGCCGAGUUCACUCU